AUGAGGGCCUUCUGCGCAAACGCCAAGGCGUCGCGGCCCUCGAGGCAGGACACCACCGCCCCCCAGUGCUCGCGCCUGCAAAUCCACUACCGCCUCAUCCGGGAGAUCCCACCCCAGGCCGGCCUGCGAGGGGUGCAGCGGCUUCCUAAGCAACCCCACCAGCAACGAGUACACUUGCUUGGAAGGCGCCCCCAUACCACAGGCACUCAGCCUCCGAAGGACGCAAAAAUAAUCGUAGGGGGGGGAGGGUACCAACGACGCAUCGCGGGACGGGGAGGCGCGGUACACGGCGAACAGACGACGACGCUCAGAAUGCAAAAACCCUCCGCGGCCUCCUCCAGGGAGCUACGCGUCUUGGCCGCCAAGACAUGA